UCUCCCGCUCUCUGUCACGCAGUUUCAGUGAAAGGAAGCUUAACUCCGUCUUUUUCAGAAAAACAAAGCUAAAGUCUAUCUGUGGCAGUGUGAGCAGUGAAAUGGCUGAAGGUGGAGUUUUACUGGAUCAGGACCAGUUCAGCUGUUCAAUCUGUCUGGAUCUACUGAAGGAUCCGGUGACUAUUCCCUGUGGACACAGUUACUGUUUUGGCUGUAUUAAGGACUACUGGGUUCAGAAUGAUCAAACUGGUGUCUACAGCUGUCCCCAGUGUAGAGAGACCUUCACUCCAAGGCCUGUUUUAAGAAAAAACACCAUGCUGGCUGAAGUGGUGGAGAAACUGAAGAAGACAGGACUCCAAGCUGCUCCUCCUGCUCACUGUUUCACUGGACCUGGAGACGUGGUGUGUGAUGUCUGCACUGGGGAAAAGGGCAAAGCCGUCAAGUCCUGUCUGGUGUGCCUGGCCUCUUACUGUGAAACUCACCUCAAACUUCAUGAUGAACUCAACCCAGGAAAAAGACACAAGCUGACCGAUGCCUCUGGAAACCUGCAGGAGAAGAUCUGCUCUCGACAUGACAAACUGCUGGAGAUUUACUGUUGUACCGAUCAGCAGUGUAUCUGUUAUCUGUGUACAAUGGAUGAACACAGCGACCAUAAAACAGUCUCAGCUGCAGCAGAAUGGACUGAGAAACAGAAGCAGCUGGGGGUGACACGGGGUGAAUUCCAGCAGAGAAUCCAGGAGAGAGAGAAGGAGCUGCAGGAUCUGAGACAGGCUGUGCAGUCACUCAAGUGCUCUGCAGAGGCAGCAGUGGAGGACAGUGAGAGGAUCUUUACUGAGCUGAUCCGCUCCAUUGAGAGAAGGUGCUCUGAGGUGAAAGAGCUGAUCAGAGAUCAGGAGAAGGCUGAAGUGAGUCGGGCUGAAGGACUCCUGGAGCGACUGGAGCAGGAGAUUGCUGAGCUGAGGAGGAGAGAGGCUGAGCUGGAGCAGCUUUCACACACAGAGGAUCACAUCCAUUUCCUCCAGAGCUUUCAGUCUCUCUGUGUCCCUCCUGGACCUGAAGACUUUCCCAGCUUCACAGUGAGCCCACAUGUCGAUUUUGAGGCUGUGAGGAAAUCUGUCUCUGACCUGAAAGUGCAACUAGAGGACAUCUGCAAUGGGGAAUUCAGCAAAAUCUCUCAAACAGUGAAAGACGUCCAUAACCUCGAGCUCAGGACCAGAGAGGACUUCUUACAAUAUUCCUGUCAGCUCACACUGGACCCCAACACAGCACAUAAACGCCUCUGCCUGUCUGAGGGGAACAAAGAGGUGACCCGUAUGAAAGCGAUCCAACCAUAUCCAAAUCACCCAGAGAGAUUUGACUAUUGGGAGCAUGUGCUGUCCAGAGAGGGUCUUUCUGGACGCUGUUACUGGGAGGCUGAGUGGAGAGGGAAUGGGGUUACUUUUGCAAUGUCAUAUAAACACAUCCAUAGGAAAGGGGAUGGUGAUGACUCUCAUCUGGGACAUAAUAAAAAGUCCUGGAUUUUAUACUGCUCUCCCUCCAGAUUCUGUUUCACCCACAAUAGAAAGAGCACUGAAAUCCCUGUUCCUUCCUCGUCCUCCAGAAUAGGAGUGUACCUGGAUCACAGGGCAGGAACUCUGUCCUUCUACAGCGUCUCUGACUCAAUGACGCUCCUGCACAGAGUCCAGUCCACAUUCACUCAGCCCCUCCAUGCUGGCUUUAGGUUUUGGCUUGGAGUCUCUGUAAAACUGUGUGAUCUGUGAUGAGGCAGAGAGGGAAGGAAAGAUCAGAGUAGGAGUGUACCUGUCUGAUGACCCACUGCAGUCAGAACAGCAGAAACCCUGCCCAUCUCCCCACUGCAGACAGAACAGCAGAAACCCUGCCCAUCUCCCCACUGCAGUCAGAACAGCAGAAACCCUGCCCAUCUCCCCACUGCAGUCAGAACAGCAGAAACCCUGCCCAUCUCCCCACUGCAGUCAGAACAGCAGAAACCCUGCCCAUUUCCCCACUGCAGUCAGAACAGCAGAAACCCUGCCCAUCUUCCCAUUGCUAUUCAUUAGUAAUAAGACUGACACUCAUUUGAAAAAUCAUACUUCCUAUGAAAUCUUUUUCCCUGGUAGUCUUUUAUGAUUAUACUUUCAUAUUAAUACUGUUGGCGGCACAGAUGGUGCAGUGGGUAGCACUGCCACCUCACAGCAAGGAGGUCCUGGGUUCGAAUCCCUGUCGGCCGAGGCCUCUCUGUGCGGAGUUUGCAUGUUCUCCCCAUGUUCACGUGGAUUUCCUCCGGGUACUCCGGUUUCCUCCCACAGUCCAAAGACAUGCAGGUUAGGCUGAUUGGAGAGUCUAAAUUGCCCGUAGGUAUGAGUGUGUGAGUGUCUGGUGUGUGUGCCCCGCGAUAGACUGGGACCUGUCCAGGGUGUAUUCCUGCCUUUCGCCCAAUGUAUGCUGGGAUAGGCUCCAGCCCCCCUGCGACCCUGUUCAGGAUAAGCGGGUUCAGAUAAUAGAUGGAUGGAUGGAUUAAUACUGUUACAGCAGGGUAAAGAUAAGUUUUGUCCAUUGAUACUUUCUUUUGGGACAAAGACUUGUUUGCUAGGUUAAAAUCACACUCGAUUAUUAAUGGGCCUUCUGGGCCUUCUUGGUAUUCCUCAGACUAACACUAUUCUCUGGAAUGUUCUCCACUAGUGUACACCACUCUGGAUAAGAGCAUCUGCUCAGUGACUGUAAUGUAAUGUGAUCUAAUGUCUUUAAUAAGUAGCUUGGUGCUGAAAUAGCCUGAUUUGAUUAUCAUGACACUUUAUUAAAUAUUGAAUAAUGCUAAUACUAGUACUCUGGGUAACUCUUGCGCUCUGGAAUACUAAUUUUUUUAUUUACUUGGUGCAGGUAAUAAAACACUUGACAUCUCCUUUCAUUGGCCUGUGGUGCUCACUGUUUACACAGAUAAUACUAGAUGAUACUAGACCAGAUAAUACUAGAUCAGGGGACCAGGGAACUUUUCAAUCACAACAUCCCCUAAAUCAGGGGUUCCCUAACUGUUUUCUGAUGUCACCCCAAAUGAAUGUUCAUGAAUGCAUGUGAGCCCAACACCAAACGCAUACUUUAUCUUCAAGCAUAUAGGAACAUGAUAUAGCUUUAUUGAGUUGUUUAUUUAAAUACAUUUACUUUCAUGUUUGAAUGUUUUUAUUUUCUGAUCUCAUUUUCUCUGAAAACAACACAUGCCAAAAUGAUUGGCACCCCUAAAUAAAAUCAAAUAAAGUAAAAUUGGCAAUACAAUUUUACUUAAAGCUGGGGUAGGCAACUUUUCUGGCAGUAUUUGGUGAAAUUCUCUUCACAUUCCGACAGCUAGGAAUAAACCAAAUGCUCUGGGGCGAAAUCAGUCUGUGAAUGUCCUUGGACAGAUUUUCAGGCACUUCCACUCCCAGUACCUAUCAUCCAAUAAGGACAGCUCUCAGCCAGGAGGUGGCCUUACCUGCCCAUCAAAAGUGUCACGUGUCCCCAAGAGGCUGACUCGAGAGGAGGGGGUGGGUUUUUGCCACAGUAUACAUUCAAAAUAUUUCUUCUUCUGCCCAUUUUCUGCUCCCGCCCAAAGAUCGCCUACCCCAACUUUAAAAUACAUAGUUAAUCUCAGUCUUAAGAAACUACAGUAUAUUGUGUCAUUCCAGGUAUAAAAAUGAGGUAACAAACAUGCAAAAUCCCUUUGUCAACUAUCAGCAUAGGAAAAGCCAAAGAACUGUCAAUUCGGAAGACACAGAUGGUAACUAUCACAAUGGGCACAAAAAAAAUACAUAAGUGGUGAAACAUACCACUUAUAAUAAAAAGGUGUCACGUUUCAUGUUUGUCACGUCAUGUUUCAUGUUUAGUUAUUGUCUUAGUUACGUUAUUGUCAUGUCACGUAUUAUGUUAGUCUAGUCUCGCCAUGUUUUUAUGUUUUAUUUCUUGUUACGUUUCAUUGUCUUGUCUUGUUAGGUUUCAUGUUUAGUUCAUGUUAUAUAGUUUAUUGUCAUAUUUCAAAACUUGUUAUGUCAUGAUUUAUGUUUAUUUCAUGUUAUGUGGUUCUGUUCAUUGUUUAGCAUAUACGCUUUUUCAUGUCUUUCUGCAAACCUUGCAUUCCUGCUUUCUCUCUCUCCCUUUCUGUCACUCACACCCUAAUUGUUUCAAUUUCCCGUGUCUUCUUACAAAUCUACAAGUUUAGAUCAGGAUUGGGUAAUACUAACAUUCUAACCAUGUGUUCAUGUUACCUUACAUUUCUUGUGCAUGUAAUUUACUAAUUUACUAACGCUAGGGCAGGAUAGGUUUAUUACUAAUGAUUACUAAUUACCUUGUUAACUUGUCAGUCCUCCACACCUGAUUUCCAUUCUCAUGCUGCUCUCAAGCUAAUUGUCUGCAUCUGUCUACACCUGCAUAUAAGCUCAGUUCCAUGUCAAGUCUUUGUGAAAUUGUUGCCCCCCUGUUUGUAAGUGCACGGUUCAGUGGUUUUGUCAAGCCAUUGUCUACCCGUUACGAUCCAAGCCUGUUUAUUGACCAAAGAUUACUGACUUCUGUUUUGUUGACCAUUGCCUGCCUGUACCACGACUUUGUCUGCUGUCUUUGUGCUUUUGCCCCGCAGAGCAGACUUCAGUCUUGACUCUUGCGCCGUCAUCGACCCUGAGCCUGCCUACCGUCCGCCUCUACUUCUGCCCCACUGACAGCUUUCCUGACUACUGGACUUUUUUGCAUGAUGUACCGAUUACAAGACUGCCUUCUCCCUCAUUACUGUACUUUGGUUUUGGCUGGAUUUUACAUUUUUGAACAUUGCCUGUUUUUUGACUACGUUCACUGGACAUUCCCUGAAUAAAGCCCUGACGGGACUUUAUUACACCUCU